UAUCUAUCUGUACCUCACUCUCUUUCUCUCUCAUAUAAUUUCUCUCUGCUUAAAUUACAUAGUCUGUCUGUCUGUCUGUCUGUCUCUCUCUCUCUCUCUCUCUCCUCCUACUCCCAGCCACCACUUAAAUCUUUCAUCUCUACGCAAUUCUUACGUAUUCGAUAUCAGUUUAAUUCCUUCCUUUACUCAUCUUUAUUACUUUACAGUUUCUUCCAUAUUUCUCAAUGAGACACCUGCUAAUUUCCUUCAUCCAUCCCUCCACCCCCAUUUGAAAUUUAAAAUCUUUUGAUCUACUCCAUUCUUCCUUCUCAACACACACUAUUUUUUUCUAUUUUUUUUUUCAUAAAUAAUUCAUAAUAAUUCUAUGUCUUCUCUUAUCGUAUUUUUCCUUCAUUCUCUUCCAAAUAUACACAUGAGAUUCUCUGUCCACAUAAAUACCUGUACAAAAGACGGUAUGCUAAACAACCUUUUAAAUCUAGCUGUAGAAAACUAAUUAUGAAGACAAGAUAGGUAAAGACAAGUAAAUUGAUUUAAUUUGCAUAUAAAUAUUACGUAAGUUAAUUUCAAAGCAACAUAUCUCCCUGGUCACGUCCCAAGAGUAGAAACUAGUUUUGAGACAAUUUAAGGAAGUCUAGACAGAUUUAUUUAAUUUGCAUAAAUUAUUAACUUUGAAGUGAUAAGGCUCAUCCCAUCCCACCCCCAUUCAACUUUAGGUUCUUCCGUAAAUUUUUUAUUUUUAUUAUUGUUAUUAUUUUACUAGUUUAAGUUGGCAAGCUGGCAGAAUCGUUAACACACCGGGCGAAAUGCUUAGUAGAUUUUUUUUUUUUUUUUUUGACCCUUGCUCUUUACGUUUCUGAGUUCAAAUCCUGCCAACUUCAUCUUUGUCUUUUCGUCCUUUCAGGGUGGGUGAGGUGGAGUGUAGGUGGCGGUCAGUAAAACCGAACCCCAGUCGGGUACUGGGGGGGGGUCGAUAUUAUCGACCUGCUCCUUUCCGCCCUCAAAAUUUGCUGGCCUUGUGCCAAAAUUAAAAAGAAUCGUUAUAUUUUACAAGUUUUUGAGAAAUAGUGAAAUAUUUCUUUCCUUCAGUUAACAAGUGGUGCCAUUAGACCGAUUCCUCCCAAAUUCUAAUUACAAUACAAUAUAUCCUACACGAUGCUUCCUAGUAAUUAUUCCAUUAUAAUUCCAACGUUGAAAUAGUUUGUGUAGAACAAGUCUUGGUUGUAAAGAAUUCUUCUGCAAACAUCAUUUUAAAGAUUUCAGCUUUCUUUUUCUUCUUUUUUUUUUCCUCUCUAUUUUUCCGUCCACACAAGUCACUCUCUUUCACUUUUUAAGUUCCACUUUCUUUCUUUUUUUUUUUUUUUUUUUUUGACCUUUCUUUCCUUUGUUUAGCGUACACUUUCUCCUUUACUGUUUAACGAUCAAAGAAAUUAAGUAUUUCAAUAUUCUGUCACUUCGAUUCGAUAUUCUUUCGUUAAGGAAAAGAAAAAUUUAUAAAAAAAAAAAAAAGAAAACAAACUAAACCAAACCCCCCAAAAAAAACAAAAAACUAAGCUGCUGAAUUUCUUUUUUAAUCUUUUUUUUUUUUUUUGUUCUGUUCUGUUAAGAUAAGCACUUCCUGGUUUACCGAUGCACUGAGCGUUUCAAAUUUAAUUUCUGCGGGCCUCUUGUUUGUAUCUGUUUGUCCGUGCAAGUUUGCAUCUCAUCUUCACAUUUAAAAAAAAAAAAGGAAACCCCCCCACCACCAAAAAAAAAACGAACAAAUACUUACCAAUUUUUUUUUAAAUCCCUUUUUUUUUGUGUUUUUUUAAAAAUUUCUUUAAAGACCAAUAAACUGUGGCAUCUAGCUUAACUUUGUAGAUUUUAAUUUCUUCAACAAGUCAGCUGUUAUUUUUAGGUUUCCAGUAUUUAAACUGCUUAUUUAUUGAAAUUAUGCAGCAUUUUAAUUCUAUUGGGAACCGUGUGAUGAAACAGUGUCUUGUAGUAAAGUUUCCGACCAUCCUAUUUAUUGCACUCAGCUGCUGCUGCUACUACUACUACUACCAUCACCACCACCACCACUACUACUACUACUACCUAGUUACACUGAAAAUCCUUACUUAACCAAAAGGGCUGUCAUUUGUAGAUGACCCUUCUGUCAGUCAUCUUACUACCAGUGGUACCCUUUAUAUCUGGUGGUACCCAUAUAUCUGGUGGUACCCUUACAUCUCAUGGUACCCAUAUAUCUGGUGGGACCCUUGUAUCUGGUGGUACCCAUAUAUCUGGUGAUACCGUUACAUCUCGUGGUACCCAUAUAUUUGGUGGUGUCCUUGUAUCUUGUGGUACCCAUAUAUCUGGUGGUACCCUUGUAUCUCAUGGUACCCAUAAAUCUUGUGGUACCCAUAUAUUUGGUGGUUUCCUUAUAUCUUGUGGUACCCUUGUAUCUCAUGGUACCCAUAUAUCUGGUGGUACCUUUGUAUCUCAUGGUACCCAUAUAUCUGGUAGUACCCUUAUGACUCAUGGUAACCAUAUAUUUGGUGGUGCCCUUAUAUCUCGUGGUACCCUCCAGUUCUGUGGCACCCUUCUUUCUGGUGGUACCUUCUGUUACAUUACAUCUAUCUAACUACUGAAGGAAUUUUUAUUUAGACUCAUGUCAUUUACAAAUAUUGAAUUCCACCACCCACCCCACCCCCUCGAAAAUUUUAAUUUCAUAGACUUCUAACCAUAAAAUAAUUUCCCCAGAGUUUCGACACGUGUUUAGCUAGGGCUGACAUUUUAGUUAGUUUUACUGGGUUUUACAAAGGAAUUUCGUUUUUAUCAUCUGUGUGUAGAUGCUUAAUUUUUUUUUUUUUUUUUUGUUACAAAAUUUU